AUGUCCUGCGAUUCUUUGUAUGAGAUUUUGCAGGUGCCCCAACAUGCCACUUUGGAUGAGAUUAAAUUUGCCUUCAAAAGACGCGCCUUGCAAGUUCAUCCAGACAAGGGAGGGAGCAAAGAUGCGUUUCACAAAGUCUACCAGGCACUUGAGAUCCUGUCUGACCCGGAGGCACGUAAGAAGUACGACCAGCGAUUGAUAGGGGCCAAAGAGCCUCAGCCAAAAGGCAAAGAACAAAUGCCAGGCCGGAGAACAGCACAACAAAGUCAUAGAGACCAAGAAAAAAAACCGACCUGCGGCCCCUCAAACAAGACCCACCAGCCAAAACCUGCGCCCAAAACAGUUAGAUCUUUGAGAGUGAGACUGAUGACGAAGAUUCACUUCUUGCUGGGGCAAUUGCCGCGCGACGUCCGUUUUCAAGUGAUCAGCAAGGAUUUUUCGCUCAAACAGCGUGUCCUGUUGCAAGAGUGGAUUGUGGAAAAUGCUGCAGAGACUGCGACUGGUUCAGAUAAGCCAAGUGACCAUAUGGACCCUGACCCAGUUCCCUCGACUGGAUUUUCUGCGGUGAACCCUCCUCAAGACACGGCCAGUCAUUGCAGGGUGGUAGCUAUUCCCAUCCAGUUCCACCGCAAGGCACAAGCUGCUGUGGGCAAGAGCAAGUCCAAAAGUUGGAAGAGGAGCUCGGGCACACGAGGUGUCUGUCGGACCUCGGGGAGUUUGAACUAUCAUGCAAGUAUUUCAGUGGAUGGUGUGAAAAUCUUCACCCGCUGCUGUGAUUUGCCAACAGCUUUGGAGUAUUUGGUGAUUUUGACAUCUGCCAAGCAGAGAGCAUUGGAUCUCACCACUUCUCAGGGUACAUUCGAGGAUCGUCUGAAACAAGCGCUCAAGUCUUCUGCACAGGAGCAGGGAAAGAGCCUCGAUGAACUCAAAUUGCGGUUUCUUGUGACUCAAAGCGUGGGCAUUUUCAUUGGCAGCAUGCUGCUGAAAGCCCCGUCAGUUCGUAACCUGGAAGAUGUACGGAAGCUUCGCAAGAGCAUGCAGCCGUUCCAUGGUUGGGUGAAGCACUGUAGGGGGAAGUACAACAUUUACCAGCACUUUUCUCCAGUUGAACUGCACGCACAAUGGGAGCAGUUUCAGGCAGCAGUCGCUGAGAUGUUUCAAACUGUCGGCGCCGAUGCGGCCCCUUGCCUACAACAGAUUCGUGCUUCAUACCAGGCCACAGACCGACUCCGAAGGGCGCAUUUGCAGUCUUGGGAGAAACUGCAGAUGGCACUGCAGGACAAGAAGAAAUGUGUGCCCAAAUACCUUCGUUACAAACAGAUCCGCAGAUUUCAGCUGGACCCUGUGAGGGAUAAGUUGAUGACUCUGCGGAAGCUGCUUGGGCGAUGGGCGCAAGCCCUCUACAGCAAGGCUAUGGAGAUCCUGCUCAGCGGCCUAGCGGGUGAGCUGUGCGGUCUCGCAGCGAAGGGAGGCGAAUGCAUCGCAGAGCUGAAACGAAGCUUCGAGGAGAAGAUUGGGGUUCCAGUAGAUGAGCAGAGGCUCUUUUUGGGCUGCCGAGAGCUACACGAUGAAGUUUGUCUCGAAGAUAUCUAUCCAGAGGGCCAAACUGAUGGUCGACUCGAGUUAGCACUGGUGAGAAGAUCGCCAACGCACGCGAAGCUCUUGAGGCUGGCGCAGGAAGGCAGCGAGGCGCUGAGUCGCAAGUGGCUCAGCAAGAUGCCGGACGUCUGCCGCGGCGACGCGGCGCUGGUGCGCCUGGUGAUCAAACGCGACGGCGUGGCCUUGCAACACGCCAGCGAGGAGCUGAAGGUGCCCCAGCAUGCCACUUUGGAUGAGAUCAAAUUUGCCUUCAAAAGACGCGCCUUGCAAGUUCAUCCAGACAAGGGCGGCAGCAAAGAUGCAUUUCACAAAGUCUACCAGGCACUUGAGAUCCUGUCUGACCCGGAGGCACGUAAGAAGCACGACCAGCGCUUGAUGGGGGCCAAAGAGCCCCAAAUGCACGGCAGGGGCCCCGUCUCCGCAGGCAAAACAAAGAACAAGAAACAGACUCACCAUUCGAAGUCGAAGAAACCUGGUCCUGAAAACAAACCGCCAAGGCCUGCAGCUAGCACCAAAGCAUCCACAGCUGCGGCCCGGCUGAAAGCGAAGCUGAUGAUGAAGAUUCAGCUCUUGCUGAAGCAAUUGCCGCGCGAGGUGCGUUUUCAGGCAAUCAGCCAGGAUUUUUCCCAGAAACAGCGUGUUCUGUUGCAAAAGUGGAUGGUCGACAAUGCCGCAGAGAACUGUGAGGAAAGCCAAGCUGAUCAAGCCGCUGAUGCGGACCCUGUAGUUUUUUCAGGCACAGGUGGGUUUGAAUCCCAAUGGCCUGCUCCAAGUGUUAGAGGCUGCAUGGCUUUGGCUAUAUUCAGAGGCUUCCAAAGACCGAAGCAGAGCCAGGGCGCGCAAAAGGAAUCAAAAACAUCAAGCAAUCGGUCAGGUACAAAAGGUGUUUGCCGCAGAGGUUCAGGUGGACCCGGAGAAGGAAGCGGCAGAUACAGGGCCAAUGUUGUUGUUGAUGGCCUAAGCAUUUGCAGCCGAAAUUGUGACUUGCCAACAGCUUUGGAAUACUUGGUGAUCCUGACAUCUGCGAAGCAACAAGCAUUGGAAGGCACAAAUUCUGAAAGUCUUUUUGAGGAUUGUUUGGAUAGAGCACUCGUUUCCGCUGCAAAGGAACAUGAAAAGGGCCUUGACGAGCUCAAACUCAGGUUUUGUGUUCUUCAUCAUUGUAGCCUUUUGAUUGGGCGAAAAAACUUGCAGUCGCCAGUGGUUCAGAGCUUGGAAGAUGUGAAGAGGCUUCGCAAGUGCAUGGAGCCCAUUGGCCACCGAGUGAAACGUUGCAAAGGAUUUCGCUAUGUUUUUGAUUUUUUCUCCCCGCAGGAAGUGCAAGAACUGUGGGAGCAGUUUCAAGCUGCAGUGACUGACAUGUGUCAAGCUGUGGGUGCUGACAGUACCAAGUGCCUACGACAGAUCCAGUCUUGGCAUGACGCAACUGACCGGUUGCGAACUAAGCACCUGCAACUUUGGGAAGUGCGGCGGAUGGCAACGAAUGACCGCCAAAAGCACGCCAAGCAUUUGCGAAAGAACACCAUGAGGAGAGCCGCCAGGCUCUACAGUUUGAGUGAUCCUGUCAGCUGCAAGCUCACCACUCUGAGGAUGCUGCUCAGAAAAUGGGGGCACCUACUGACUAAGGAGGCGCAAACACGUGAGAAACAGCGGCUGAAGAUUUUGGAACAGCGAAAGAGGCAGAGGGCCAAGAAGAAGACCUCCCAUCAGAAAAGGUUCCGCGUGGACCAUGGAUCUGAACUUGGAUCCACUGAACAGGAAACUUCAGCUGGUGGUGUGUUGCAAGGCCAGGCCAUCGCGUUUGAUCACCAGGCCAAUCCCGAGUUGGUCCUGGAAGCUGUACAACGCAGUGGCUUCGCAUUGGAAUACGCCGCAGAACACCUGCGCAAAGACAGAGGCUUCGUGCUAAAAGCAGUCCAGAAGAACGGCUUCGCCCUGGCCCGUGCGUCCGCUGCCUUGCAAGCAGAUCCAGAAGUGAUCUUAGCAUCGAUCAGAGAUGAAGGCGGUGCCUUUGAAUAUGCUUCAGAGGACUUGAAAAACGACUAUGACUUUGCGCUGGAAGUUGUAGCCAUGGGCGGCCCAGGCGCAAUGGACCACAUCUCUGCAGACCUUUGGGACGACCCUCGCUUCGUGAUGUGUGCGGUGAAGCGAGCGCCUGGGGCAUUGGAACAUGCACAGCCGGAGAUCAAGGCUGAACCCACCUUCGUCCUCGAAGUCUUGAGCCGUGUUCCAGCGGCCUUGCCUUUUGUGGCAGCUGAGCUGUUGGAGAACCCGCAGUUCUUACUUCGCGCCAUCGAACGCAACGGCCAGACCUUGGCCUUCGUUUCAACGGACCUGGCGAUGGAUGCGACCUUUGUGCUCAUGGCCCUGAGGUGUAACGGCCAGGCCUUAUGCCAUGUCAACAGGCAGCUUAUGAAGGAUAAGGGCUUUGCCCUGCAAGCUCUGCAAGCAGCUGGACCCAAAGCUUUGGCUCAGAUGCCCGAGGACUUCUGGCAAGAGAGGGAUGUGGCUUUGGCGGGGCUUCGCAUUGACGAAGCGUCGAUUGAGAAAGUUCCCAAAAAGUUCUGGACGGAGCGUGAGUUUGUCCUGGCCGCGGUGCGGUUUCAACCCUCGGUGCUGAAUAUGAUCGAGCCAGAAUGGCUCAACGACCGCAGGUUCAUUCUGGCAGCGUUACAACGCAAUUCCACGUAUCCGCUUCGUGUCUGA